CUGAAUUUCUUGCUCUCUUCUUCGUGAAGUGAAGUCCAAGUGGGGCCGUGGAUGAUUGCCUGAGGCUCAAGUCCAAAAGUCCGAAAUCGAAGCACGAGACUUGCACUGUCCCUUCAUAUCACCCACCAAUAUUGUGACUCGCAGUACUGAACGCCCAGAGCCGCUUAUCCACACCCUCUCAAGCUCCCAUUAUCUUCAUUCACCCCUGCCGGAAGUGUCCCCGAGCGUUGGAGAUCAUUUUGACUCACUGAGAUCUGCCCACAUCAACACCCCUCGACUCAUGGCACAAUAGCUCUUGCAGCAACGCUGCAGCGUGCAAUCACGCUGCCAUGUCCCGACCCUCAAACCCCUUCACACCCCUCGAACGUCCAUCCACUCAACAUGGACGCCCAAAUAGAGUCCGCCAUCGAACUCGCCUUCAACCCCACCACCAAUCAAGCCCUCAAAGCACAAGCAUACCAGUUCCUCGACACUCUCCGCUCAGAUGACAAUGGCUGGCAAGUCUGUCUCACCCUCUUCACCCGCACACAACCCCUCCCCUCCGAGGUUUCUCGCCUCGUGAGUCUGGAGAUUGUCAACAAUGCCGUACAGAUGAAGAGACUCAGUCCAUACAAUCUCGCAAUCACCAAGGACAGCUUGAUGGGUUUCAUUCGCCAGCGAUACGUCGACCCGGAUCCGGCAAGAGCAGACAGUCCAGCAAUUCAGAACAAGCUCACCCAGACCUUGACCUACCUCUUCACCGCCCUCUACCCCGAUGAGUGGCCCAGUUUCUUCGACGACUUCAAGAGCUUGACAGGGGAAGGCAAUAGCAAUCCCGUCGCUACAAUGUUGUAUCUGCGAAUAAUUGGCUCCGUCCACGAUGAGAUCGCCGACGUCAUGAUUCCACGCUCUUCGGAGGAGCAGAAGAGGAGCUCACAGCUCAAGGAUUUUGUCCGCGCAAGAGACGUUAGCAAGAUUGCAGUCACAUGGCAGGAAAUUCUCUCGCGCUGGCGGCAGAUCGAUUUAACCAUUGUUGAGCUUUGCUUGCGGACAAUUGCAAAAUGGGUGUCGUGGGUUGACAUUGGCGUGGUGAUCAAUCAAAGCAUACAAACUGCGCUGCUGGACCUUGCCGGCCAGCAAGGCGACUUCACCUCCGAGACAAAAGAGGCACAGGCCCGAGAUGCUGCUAUUGACACAUUCACGGAGACUGUGGGGAAGAAGAUGGGUGCCAGCGACAAGAUUGAACUGAUUCGUUACCUGAACCUGUCGGCGAUUGUCGGGCAGCUUGUUGCAAGCCGAGCGCUCAGUGAAUUGAGAAGUACAAGCAACUACGACACCGAUCUUGCCGAGACAGUGGCGAAGCUGGUCAACAACGUGGUGUUUGACCUCGUCAAAAGCAUCGAAUCGGACCAGGUGAACGGGCAGACGAUGCAGCAGGCUAACCAGCUUCUGCAGACAUUUGUCCCGUACCUCCUGCGGUUCUUUGAGGAUGAAUAUGACGAGAUCUGCUCCGCUGUCAUCCCAUCGCUCACCGAUCUUCUCACAAUGUUCAGACGGAACGUCAAAGCCCGGGGUGGUCUACCGUCCGAGCACGCGGACAUGCUUCGGCCAAUUCUCAACGCCAUCAUUGCCAAGAUGAAGUACGAUGAGACUGCAGCAUGGGGCGAAGAGGAUGAAGCGACCGACGAAGCAGAGUUUCAGGAGUUGCGGAAGAGGCUCUAUGUUUUGCAGCAGACGGUCGCUGCCGUGGACGAAAGGCUGUAUGUGGACGUUCUCACGCAAGUCAUUGGCACUACCUUUUCGCGACUCAACGCAGCCGACAGCACAUCCAAGCCAAACUGGAGAGACCUUGACUUGGCACUGCACGAGAUGUAUCUGUUUGGAGAACUGGCCGUCAAAAACGGCGGGCUCUACCAAAAGAGCUCACCAAGUUCGGAGGCCUCACACCGCCUCCUCGACAUGAUGGCGACCAUGGUUGAUGCUGAUCUCGCCUCGCACCCUCACCCAGCCAUUCAGCUACAGUUCAUGGAGAUUUGCGUACGAUACGUGCAAUUCUUUGAACACAAUUCGGCCGCCGUGCCGAAAGUGCUCGAGACCUUUGUCCGCUUCAUCCAUUCCGAUCACCCGAAGAUCCGCCUCAGGAGCUGGUACUUAUUCCAAAGAUUCGUGCGGCACUUGCGGUCGCAGCUGGGGAACGUGGCAUCCAACGUAGUGGGGGCCGUCAGCGAUUUACUAGCCGUCAAAGCCGAGCUACCAAAAGAGAGCGAAGACGAUGAAGGCAGCUCGGAUGACAACGGACAGAGUGCUGAUGCAGCAUUUACCAGCCAACUCUACCUCUUCGAGGCGGUAGGCUGUGUCGCCAGUACAUCUGCAGUACCUCUCCAAACUCGAGUCGCGAUUGCAAAGAGUGUCUUGGAACCACUGGCGUCCGAUCUGCAACAGCACCUGCCAGCUGCGAAAGGCGGGAACGCCCGGGCUAUCCUCCAAGUCCAUCAUGUUGUCAUGGCCAUUGGCACCCUGGCUAACGGCUUCUCGGACUGGAUGCCUGCCGCCACCUCCGGUAGCCCUCCACCGACCGAAGUGAGCAUGGAGUUCGUGGGUGCAAGCGAGGCGGUCCUCGUCGCGCUUGAGGCACUAAAGGAGAAUGCCGACAUUCGAACCGCUGCUCGCCAUGCCUUCUCCCGCCUUCUCGGCGUGCUAGGCUCGCAUAUUUUACCACAGCUGCCCAGAUGGAUCGAUGGACUCCUGUCGGCUGCUAGCUUCAACGAUGAAAUGGCCAUGUUUCUCCGCACGCUGGCUCAAGUGGUGUACGGGUUCAAGUCGGAAAUCUUCUCCAUCCUCGACACUCUGCUGUCCCCACUUCUUCGCCGUGUCUUCACGGGUCUCAGCAGUCCAGUGACCGGCACAGACGAUGAGAUUCAAUUGCGAGAGUUGAGGCUACAAUAUCUCAACUUCAUCCUCGUCAUCCUCAACAACGACCUCGGCUCUACACUCAUCAGUCCCACGAACCAAGGCAUUUUCGACUCCUUCAUCGCCACCAUGUCCCGCUCCGCCACCACCCCUUCAGACCCGCAGUCCGCCCGUCUAGCUUUCUCAGCACUAACCCGCAUGAGCACCAUCUGGGGCGGACCAGACAUCGCCCCCUUCUCCGACACAGCACCCGCCCCCGACCUUCCAGGCUUCGAUACAUUCAUCCUCUCCCAGCUCUCCCCUCUCCCCUGGAGACUGAUAGCCAGUCCCGGGUUCAACGCCAGCGACGCACAGAUGCGCAGCGUCGUGCAGGAAGCCGGUGCACUGCAGUGGACGAUCUUGCGCAAGGCGGGCGCCCAGUACCAGCGGCAGCUGGAAGGCGAGCUCCGGAAUUUGGGUGCCAGUGACGAGGGCGUGCGCUCGUUUUUCGAGAGUAUCAGUGGGGAUGUGGUGGGCUUUAGGAAGUUUUUCGCCACUUUCGUGCAGCAAGCCAAGCGAUGAGGGAAGGUGGAGGCUUGAGGAUCGUGAUGUGUGGGAAGCGAGGGCGGCAAGCUUGCGUUCCAAGAUACCCGGGUUGGUGUUGCUCUUAGUUGAAUCGACUUCACGCAUAGGUUCAAUCUGAUAUUGGGCCUAUCGAACGACUCUCAGUCUGCAGUCGGCGUGCCUCAUUGGCAAUCCUGACAGUCGUCUGCGGUCUUCUUCUCGGGCUCAGCGACGUCUUUCGCUUCAGUUUUCUUUUGGGCGGCGUCCGAAGCGGCCUUGCGUGAUGCUGUGUCCGAGUGGCCCAGAUUCUUCUCUGGUUGGAUGAAGUCGCGGAUCUUUUGCUUCAGGACUUUAGUCUCCGGAAAGCCUCCA